AUGGCCCCGUGGCUGCAGCUCUGUUCUGUCUUCUUCACUGUCAAUGCCUGCCUCAAUGGCUCGCAACUGGCCGUGGCCGCGGGCGGCUCCGGCCGCUCGAGGGGCGCCGACACCUGUGGCUGGAGGGGAGUGGGGCCAGCCAGCAGGAACAGCGGACUGCACAACAUUACCUUCAGAUAUGACAACUGUACCACCUACUUGAAUCCGUUGGGGAAGCAUGUGAUUGCUGAUGCCCAGAACAUCACCAUCAGCCAGUAUGCUUGCCACGACCAAGUGGCAGUCACCAUUCUUUGGUCUCCAGGGUCCCUCGGCAUUGAAUUCCUAAAAGGAUUUCGGGUAAUACUGGAGGAGCUGAAGUCGGAGGGAAGACAGUGCCAACAACUGAUUCUAAAGGACCCAAAGCAGCUCAACAGUAGCUUCAAAAGAACUGGAAUGGAAUCUCAACCUUUCCUGAAUAUGAAAUUUGAAACAGAUUACUUUGUAAAGAUUGUCCCUUUCCCUUCCAUUAAAAACGAAAGCAAUUACCACCCUUUCUUCUUCAGAACUCGGGCCUGUGACCUAUUGUUACAACCGGACAACCUUGCCUGUAAACCCUUCUGGAAGCCUCGGAACCUGAACAUCACCCAGCACGGUUCAGACAUGCAGGUGUCCUUCGACCAUGCACCACACAACUUUGGCUUCCGUUUUUUCUAUCUUCAUUACAAGCUCAAGCAUGAAGUACCCUUCAAGCGAAAGACCUGUAAGCAGGAACAAAAUACAGAGACAACCAGCUGCCUCCUUCAAAAUGUUUCUCCAGGGGAUUAUAUAAUUGAGCUAGUAGAUGAUACCAAUACAACAAGAAAAGUGAUGCAUUAUGCCUUAAAGCCAGUGCAUUCUCCCUGGGCUGGGCCUAUCAGAGCUGUGGCCAUCACAGUGCCACUGGUUGUCAUAUCGGCAUUUGCAACGCUCUUCACUGUGAUGUGCCGCAAGAAGCAACAAGAAAAUAUAUAUUCACAUUUAGAUGAAGAGAGCUCUGAGUCCUCCACAUAUACUGCAGCACUCCCCAGGGAGAGGCUCAGGCCGAGGCCGAAGGUCUUCCUGUGCUAUUCCAGUAAAGAUGGCCAGAAUCACAUGAACGUUGUCCAGUGUUUUGCCUACUUCCUCCAGGACUUCUGUGGUUGUGAGGUGACACUAGACCUAUGGGAAGAUUUUAGUCUCUGUAGAGAAGGACAGAGAGAAUGGGUCAUACAGAAGAUCCAUGAGUCCCAGUUCAUCAUCGUGGUGUGUUCCAAAGGAAUGAAGUACUUUGUGGAAAAGAAGAACUACAAACACAAAGGAGGUGGCCGAGGCUCAGGCAAAGGGGAGCUCUUCCUGGUGGCAGUGGCGGCUAUUGCUGAAAAGCUCCGCCAGGCAAAGCAGAGUUCAUCUGCUGCGCUCAGUAAGUUCAUCGCUGUCUACUUUGAUUAUUCCUGCGAAGGUGAUGUCCCCUGCAUCCUGGACCUGAGUACUAAAUACAAACUCAUGGACAACCUUCCCCAGCUCUGCUCCCACCUGCACUCCGGAGACCAUAGCCUCCAGGAGUCAGGACAGCACCUGGGACACAGCAGCAGAAGGAACUACUUUCGGAGCAAGUCUGGACGUUCCCUGUAUGUCGCCAUUUGCAACAUGCACCAGUUUAUUGACGAGGAGCCCGACUGGUUCGAGAAGCAGUUCCUACCCUUCCAUGCUCCCCUCCUGCGUUACCGGGAGCCUGUCCUGGAGAAGUUUGACUCAGGCUUGGUUUUAAAUGAUGUCAUCUGCAAACCAGGACCAGAAAGUGAUUUCUGCCUAAAGGCUGAUGCUGCCGUUCUUGGGGCCACUGGGCCUGCCGACUCGCACCCGCACCCCGAGAGUCAGCAUGUGUGCCUGGACCAAGACCCCGAGGCCCCGUCCCAGGAGAGUGGCUCCACACUGCAGCCCUUGCUGCAUGCUGUGAAAGCAGGCAGCCCCUCAGACAUGCCGCGGGACUCGGGUAUCUACGAUUCAUCUGUGCCCUCGUCUGAGCUGUCUCUGCCUCUGAUGGAAGGACUCUCAACAGACCAGACGGAAACUUCUUCCCUGACGGAGAGCUUGUCCUCUUCCUCCGGGCUGGGUGAGGAGGAUCCUCCUACCCUCCCUUCUAAGCUCCUUGCCUCUGGAGUGUGCAAAACAGAACUUGGUUGCUGCCGCUACACUGAUGAACUCCACGCGGUUGCCCCUUUGUAACAAAACAGAAGAGUCUAAGCAUUGCCACUUUAGCUGCCACUACUCUCUGGUACCAUAGCUCAUCUCUGGUCACAUGGCCUUCUUGCAGCUGAGGGCUCAUAAAAGGAUAUUUGGAGUGAAAUUCUGGCCAGUACUUGCUCCUGCUGCCCCAGCCCUCUACCAAAUAUGUUGGCAGAGUCUCCAAUUUUCCAAGACCAUAUGGAACUCUGAAA